CUACUUGCCUCGUCUGGCUGAAUCUUGCCGUAUCCCAUCCCUCCUCCUUCUGUUUCUCCUCCUCUUCCUCACCCUCCCCUCCCUCUCUCCUCCAAGUUCGAUGCGAUCGGCUCUGGGCCCUGCCGUGAGUUCUCGGUGCGGGCGACAGCGCUGCUGAACAUGGCGUCAGACGGGAUGAUUUUAACGAACCACGACCACCAAAUCAGGGUUGGAGUCCUGACAGUGAGCGACAGCUGUUUUCGGAACCUCGCCGAAGAUCGCAGUGGCAUCAAUCUCAAAGACCUCGUCCACGAUCCCUCUUUAUUGGGGGGCAUGAUCACAGCCUACAAGAUAGUUCCAGAUGAAAUAGAUGAAAUUAAGGAGACACUAGUGGACUGGUGUGAUGAAAAGGAGCUCAACCUCAUUCUCACCACUGGAGGCACCGGCUUUGCUCCACGAGAUGUCACACCAGAGGCCACUAAAGAAGUGAUAGAGCGUGAGGCUCCAGGGAUGUCUCUGGCGAUGCUGAUGGGAUCCCUCAAUGUCACACCACUAGGCAUGCUUUCCAGACCUGUGUGUGGUAUCCGAGGAAAAACGCUCAUCAUUAACCUACCAGGAAGCAAGAAAGGCUCACAGGAAUGCUUUCAGUUCAUCCUUCCAGCGCUGCCCCAUGCCAUUGACCUUCUUAGGGAUGCAGUGGUGAAGGUGAAGGAGGCCGCCGAUGACUUGGAGGACCUACCCUCACCACCGCCGCCUCUCUCACCCCCCCUCAACAGUUCCCCUCGCCGCCAAACAGAAGACAAAGGUGUGCAAUGCGAGGAGGAAGAUGAGGAAAAGAAGGACAGUGGUGUGGCCUCCACAGAGGACAGCUCUUCCUCCCACAUCACCGCUGCAUCCAUUGCUGCCAAGAUUCCAGACUCCAUUAUCUCGCGGGGUGUGCAGGUGUUACCCAGGGAUGCAGCUUCUCUCAGCACCACGCCCUCCGAGUCGCCCCGCGCCCAGGCCACCUCCCGACUUUCUACGGCGUCCUGCCCCACACCCAAAGCGCGGCUCCCCUCCUGUUCAUCCACCCUAAGCAUUGCUGAGGCCUCACGAAGAGAGUUCAGGGCUCACCUGGAUGAGGUCAUCACGCUCAAGUCAAGGUACUCUACCUUGGACCAGCUCCAGUGUAGGUUGGAGGGGCUUAAAGAUGAUCGCAGGAGGACCUUCAGCUCUCGAGUGCAAUCGAGAUGCAGCAGCAAAGAAAAUAUCCUAAGAUCAAGUCACAGUGCAGUGGACAUCACCAAGGUCGCACGGAGGCACCGCAUGUCUCCUUUUCCCCUUACCUCCAUGGACAAGGCCUUCAUCACUGUGUUGGAGAUGACCGCUGUCUUGAGCACUGAGAUCAUCAACUAUAGAGAUGGGAUGGGUCGAGUCCUGGCUCAGGACGUUUAUGCCAAAGACAACCUCCCGCCCUUCCCCGCUUCGGUCAAGGAUGGAUAUGCUGUGAGAGCGGCCGACGGCCCAGGUGACCGCUUCAUCAUUGGAGAGUCCCAAGCUGGAGAGCAGCCCACCCACACAGUGAUGCCUGGCCAGGUGAUGAGGGUGACGACAGGUGCACCGAUUCCAUGCGGGGCAGACGCUGUAGUCCAAGUGGAAGACACCGAGCUGCUUCGGGAGUCUGAAGAUGGCACAGAGGAGCUGGAAGUACGAAUCCUGGUACAAGCCCGUCCGGGACAAGAUAUCAGGCCUAUUGGUCAUGACAUCAAACGUGGGGAGUGCGUUUUGGCAAAGGGCACCCACAUGGGCCCCUCUGAAAUAGGACUGUUGGCGACUGUAGGCGUCACAGAGGUAGAGGUCCAAAAAUUCCCUGUGGUGGCCGUCAUGUCCACAGGAAAUGAGCUGCUCAAUCCAGAGGACGACCUUCAUCCAGGGAAGAUUCGGGACAGCAAUCGCUCCACCCUGCUUGCCACAAUCCAGGAACAUGGCUACCCCACCAUCAACUUGGGCAUUGUUGGGGACAAUCCUGAUGACCUUCUCAACGCUCUAAAUGAAGGCAUCAGCCGUGCUGAUGUCAUCAUCACCUCAGGAGGAGUGUCAAUGGGAGAGAAGGACUACCUUAAGCAGGUGCUGGACAUCGAUCUUCAUGCUCAGAUCCAUUUUGGACGCGUUUUUAUGAAACCAGGUCUCCCAACAACCUUUGCCACUUUGGACAUGGAUGGUGCUCGAAAACUAAUUUUUGCCCUCCCAGGUAGAAACCCCGUGUCCGCUGUUGUCACUUGUAAUCUUUUUGUCAUCCCUGCUUUGAGGAAGAUGCAGGGUAUUUUGGACCCCAGGCCCACCAUCAUCAAAGCGAGGUUGUCUUGCGAUGUGAAGUUGGACCCUCGCCCUGAAUACCACCGCUGCAUUUUGACGUGGCAUCACCAGGAGCCUCUGCCUUGGGCACAGAGCACAGGGAACCAGGUGAGCAGCAGGUUGAUGAGUAUGCGCAGUGCUAACGGGCUCCUGAUGCUACCCCCCAAAACAGAGCAAUACGUGGAGCUGCACAAGGGCGAGGUGGUUGACGUCAUGGUCAUCGGCCGGCUAUGAUGUCAUCACGGUGGGAUGGCGAGAUGGCGUCACAUAGCACGGGUUGGAAAUGGGUGGUUCACGGUGCAUGUCCACAUAUCAUUAACUAUUCUGUAAUAUGCAACGGCACAGCUAGUUUUUAUUGAUUUGGAAAACGUUGAGGUAUAGUCAACAUCUUGAUCACAACCUAGAUACAUAUGAAAAAAAAUAAUUUAAAAAGAUUAUUGUAUUUCAAAGAAAAAAAUAUAACUUUUAAUGAAAACAUUAAUUAUAAAAAGAGAUUUAUUCUGUAAUAUAUUAUUAUGAUUAUUCUUAUUAUUAUUAUCACUAUUCUUCUUAUUAUCAUUAUUAUAUUAAGGCAACUUUGUUCCUUUCAUUGCAAUUGCUUUGUGUGUUCAAUGCUAGACCUUAUCUAUAGCAGUAGCAUUUUAAUAGACAGCUGUAGGUGCCUGCCAGGACUAAAAAAAAGAAAAAAGAAUUUUUUUAUUUUCUCAUCUUUAGUGGACUAAAAUAAUCAGUUUUCUGAAAAUGGAGAAAACAUUAAAAAAAACUCCAGUUUUCCCAUGGUGCUCAGGUACGAGGAUGAGGGCGCACACUCGACCGCCUCCUUAUCUGAGCGCCCAUCGAGGUGACACUUCAGUUUUUCUCUCAUUAGUAUGCAUCAUAAUGGCUUCACAAAGAGCUUUGCUUGUUGUUUAUCUUGUGAGUCUUGUUAAUGUGCGCAGUGCCAAAUGCCUGGGCAGGGAGGAGGUGGGGAGGGGGGACGGGACGGGACGGGACGCACCCCUGUGGGCCCAGACCCCGAAGCUUCCUUAUAUUCAUGGAGACCCGGGUGCAAACUCAGCCCCAAACCCUCAGCAGGGGCGAGCUGAGCCUGGGACAAACACUCUUUUAUUUAAACAACUAUUUAAGAAAAGAUUCCAGAAAAAAAGAAAACAGCUUCUUUAAGUGCUGAAAGCCUUUUUAACCAACUUCACAAAAAUGUACAGAAAAAAAAGAACCAUAUUGUACAGAUAUAUGUGACCAGCACUCCUGAAGAAAUUAUUAAGCAAUGAGGAGACAUUGAUCAAUGCUGUACUAUAACAUUUUCUGUAAUGAUAUGAAACUGAUGAAAUAGACUAUAAUAAAAUCCUUGAUCAUUAUGUAAAAAAAUGUAACAAAACAAUUCUUGUUGGGUUUCUUUUUUUUAAUAAAACAUGUAAAAAAAA